AUGGCGACGGAAAAUUUCGAGCGGAAUCAUUGUGUCCAAUGUGCCAGUGAAAUCGAUGGAAACCCCAAUCAAUCUAACAACGAGUUGGUCGGGCAAUCUUUGAGUAAACCUACAGCCUUAUUCGACGUUCAUAAAAAUUUGAACAAACGAUGCGAGCUACAAAGAAAAUGUGGAGCACGUUACACUGAAUAUGAGCAUGAUGUUGCAGCUUAUUUACUGCUGACCUCUGGAAAAAGCGCAUACACAUUUAACAAAGCGAAUAUGUCACUCCCCAGUGUCAAAUCUGUCCAUCGACAUAUUUCUCGGCACACCUAUGAUACCAGAGAAGGAGUGUUGAUGAUAAACACUCUUGUAAAAUACUUGAAAGUCAAUCAUUUUCCAAAAGCUGUUGCAUUAAGUGAGGAUGGGACAUCCUUGUCUCCCAACCCAGAAUAUUCCGCUCGGACAGACUCUGUGCGUGGCCUGGUGGCGCCAUUCGAUGACAAGGGAAUGCCAGUGCUUGACUUUUUCAAGGCUUCUUCUGCAGCAAAAAUGAUGAAAGAUCUGAAGAAUUACACAGUUGGAGAAUAUUUAUAUGUUGUUAUGGCGACUCCGAUGUCCGUGGGUGCAUCCCCGGUUUGCAAAUUGUACAUGUGCAGUGACAACAAGUUUACGCAUCUCCAAGUUAAACAGCGGUGGCACUACGUGGAAUCCGAACUUAGAAAAGCUGGAGUGAAAGUUGUGUCACAUGCAUCCGAUUGAGAUUCGCGUCUAUUGCGAGCAAUGAAGGAAAGAACAAGACUUCCACAUCCACGAGCAAACUUAUCGUAUGGACAAUAUUUCGUUGGAAAUUUUGAUGACGAUGUAGUUUGCAUCCAUGACACUAUUCACCUUGUAAACAAACUCCGACAUAGUUUGCUCAAUCCAAAAAAGAAAAUGGUUGUUGGGAAAUGCGAUGUGUCAUCCGAUUACAUAAAGCAAAUGAUUGAAAUCGGUGAAAAAGUCAUUCACAGGAUGAAUCCGUCAGGCUUGAAUCCAGCGGAUAAAAUGAAGUUUGAUCCGUCUUUGAAAUUAAUGACACCUGAACUUAUUGAACACCUGACAGACAUAGUACCAGAUUCUAUCGGCACAGCAGUAUAUCUAAAGAUAAUAAGGUUGAUAUACGUUUCAUUUACCGAGGAAAAAAUGUCACCAAAAAAACGAAUAAUCUCAAUAUGGACUGCGUUGUUCUUUGUUCGAGCCUGGCGUUGGCAGUGCCUUGACUCAUCUCGAAGCAUUCAAGAAUGUACAACUUCCAACGUGUAUUGGUGCUUAGAAUUAAACGCUCAUGAAAUGAUUCACUAUCUGGUGAACUGUCGUGACAAAAACGCAGAAAAGCAGUUCGUAGUCCAAAAUCUGACCAGCCAGCCAUGCGAGACUUCGUUUCGUGAGCUACGCUCAAUGACGACCAUCAAUCACACAGCGGUAAAUUUCACCAUGAAGGAUCUCGAGCAGAGGAUGCAAAAGCUGCAAAUGAAAUUACUGAUUGCUCAUCGUAGAAAAAACAUUUUAUGUUUUCCUAGCCUGCGCAAACAGGCCUCCAAAACUUGUCCAUUUUUCGAUCUGCCAAAUGAUGAUGAAAUCGCUGAAUCCAUUUUAGCAGCCGAGAAAAACGCAACAGAGCUUCUCAUUUCAGUCGGAUUUGAUGAAGAUAAAAUCAAGUUUAGUCACAGUUUCAUUAUACGUAACUCUAACAGACCACUUGAUCUUGAAUAUGUGAAUGUUGAUGAAGAGAGCUCAGAUGGCUCGUCAGAUGGUAAAUAA